UCCCUGUUAAAGCGGGAAGCCCACACCUCCUGCUUGACUUGUGCUCCGGGUCCCACAGUGGGAACUUGUCCAUAGACCGGAAACUCACACCUCAUCCUUCAGUGUCUCCGGAGUUUGUUUAGAAGAGCUGUGUUUCCUUCUCUUGAGGAGCCAGUCCGUGCAUCUCGAAUGGCACGGUGUGAGAGCUCAGGGGUUUGAGAGGCGUUGGCAGAGAGCUCAUGAGAUGGCACCAGAUGAAAACGGGCAACUAGGAUGAGCCCCACUUGGAAAUCGUGAUCACUGGCCCGGACUCCUGAGCGCAGCCGGCAUAUGGGGCCAUGGCCCGGCUCCCAGGGCACCCGGAGGCUCCCGGCCUGGAGCAUGGCAGUACAGGCCGGGGAAGCCGAGGCGGUCGAGCGGCCCGGGCGCGGCACGUCAUUAUCAACGUCGGGGGUUGCCGGGUGCGGCUGGCCUGGGCCGCGCUGGCCCGCUGUCCCCUGGCACGCCUCGAACGCCUGCGAGCCUGCCGCGGUCACGACGAGCUGCUGCGCGUGUGUGACGACUACGACGUGAGCCGCGACGAGUUCUUCUUCGACCGCAGCCCGUGCGCUUUCCGCGCCAUCGUGGCGCUGCUGCGCGCCGGCAAGCUGAGGCUGCUGCGGGGCCCGUGCGCCCUGGCCUUCCGCGACGAGCUGGCCUACUGGGGCAUCGACGAGGCGCGGCUGGAGCGCUGCUGCCUGCGUCGCCUGCGACGCCGCGAGGAAGAGGCCGCGGAGGCAUGCGCCGGGCCACCGGGUCGCGGGCCGCAGGGGAGCCCAGUACGAGCCCUGGGUACCGGACGGCUGGAGCGCGGCCGACGGUGCCUGCGCGAUAUGGUGGAGAACCCGCACUCCGGGCUGGCAGGCAAGCUCUUCGCCUAUGUCUCCGUGGCCUUUGUGGCCGUCACAGCCGUCGGCCUGUGCCUGAGCACCAUGCCUGAUAUACGAGCAGAAGAGGAACGGGGCGAGUGCUCCACAAAAUGCCGCAACCUGUUCGUGCUGGAGACGGUGUGCGUGGCCUGGUUCUCCUUCGAGUUCCUGCUGCGCUCCCUGCAGGCCGAGAGCAAGUGCGCCUUCCUGCGGACUCCGCUUGCCAUCAUCGACAUCCUGGCCAUCCUGCCCUUCUACGUGUCGCUGCUCGCGGGGCUGGCGGCAGGGCCCACGGGCAGCAAGAUGCUGGAGCGCGCGGGGCUGGUGCUGCGGCUGCUGCGGGCGCUGCGCGUGCUCUACGUGAUGCGCCUGGCGCGCCACUCGCUGGGACUGCGCUCGCUCGGCCUCACCGUGCGCCGCUGCGCACGCGAGUUCGGACUGCUGCUGCUCUUCCUCUGCGUGGCCAUGGCGCUCUUCGCGCCGCUGGUGCACCUGGCUGAGCGCGAGCUGGGCGCUCGCCGCGACUUCUCCAGCGUCCCCGCCAGCUACUGGUGGGCCGUCAUCUCCAUGACCACCGUGGGCUAUGGAGACAUGGUGCCGCGCAGCCUGCCGGGCCAGGUGGUGGCGCUGAGCAGCAUCCUCAGCGGCAUCCUCCUCAUGGCCUUCCCUGUCACCUCCAUCUUCCACACCUUCUCGCGCUCCUACUCGGAGCUCAAGGAGCAGCAACAGCGCGCGGCCAGCCCUGAGCCGGUCCUGCGUGAGGACAGCACGCGCGACGACAGCACGCGAUCGGCCAGCGCCACCGAGGACAGCUCGCAGGACCCCGAGAGCGCAGGCGCAGCAGGGAGCUCGCCAGGCCGGGUGGGACCCUGAGCCUAGUGCUCUGCUGAAAGCUUCCGGGAGGGUCAAAGCCUCGGAGGACACCAAGCACCCCGCUGACCCAGGAGUCGCAAACUUGGUCUGGCAUGUUGUUGCAGCAGGCAGGCCUGGCACCCCCAUGCAACCCUGAGCUUCUCGUAGCCUGGAGGAUAUAGCAGCCUGGUCUUUCUCCCUCUUCUAUUUUCCCUCCAGUUUUAAAUUUUCUAUGGCUAAUUAAAAAUAUUUGAGUCCCAGAAAGUUCAAGUCUGAAGCAAAUGCCAGCCACCCCAGACUAACUUUCCCUUCCCUUGCUCCCAAUCUAGGGCAGCCCCAGGGAACAGAGGGUGACAUCUACCUUGUGACCCUCGGUGGACUUCAGCUGGCACCUGACACUGCCAGUGUCCACAUCACCUGCCAAGUGUUGGGGCAGAGGUUUGCCGGGGCGUUUAGUCCCCGAGUUCCGCCUAACUGCUCUUUGCAAGGGGAGAGGAGAAAUCUCAGCGUUGACCUCUGAUCUGUUUCUCCACACAAGCUCAAUCCCGUGAUAAGGUUGCUCAAGGUUUGCAUAGUGGCAUUCUAACCCUUCCCCUGCCCUCCCAGCUGGUCGGUUGAAAGGUUGUCGGUCUCCACGGGAUGCUCUCUUCUGUUGGGACGUUUCCCUCAGACAUGGUUCAAGUGAAAACAAAAACUUGGGUGAAGGGCCUAGCAGGGUGAGGGAGCAGUUCAGGGAGACUCCUGCUGGGACACUGAUAUGCCAAGGAGGCAUGGCCUUUCUCUACUCCAUGAAAGCAAGGGAAAUGGAACUUUCCAGGCCAUGUUGCUUCACCCUUUCCCCACAAACCAGCAGGUGGUGUGGCCCAUGCCUGUAAUCACACUUGGGAAGUUGGGGGAGGAGGAUCAGAUGUUCCGUGAGCCCCAGCCAUCCACUCAACACACACACACACACACACACACACACACACACACACACACACACACACAUCAUACCUAAGAGAUUCAUAGACCGUCUCCAUCAGAAGGGAAGAAGGUUGGGCUGCAGAGAUGGCUCAGAGAGGUUAAGGGCACUGGC